GGGCGGAUACUCGCCACUCGAGACGGCGCAACAGGCCGAUGAGAAAGACGAAGUGCACCGCUUUGUGCCCCUGCUCUUGCUCGCGGCGCAUCGGGAUGCAAACGCGCCAGAGCUUUUUUGCGUCUCCUGCAGUAGCUGGCACCCGGUCGAGGCCGACUGUUCGUGUGGGUAUCAGGCCUCGACACACGACCGCGUGGUGGCUGUGCUGCGAUGCUUGAUGCGGCUGCACCAUCGCGGCCACGUGGUCAACUGGGCGCGGACGUGCACCACCUGUCGCAAGGAAACCAUGGUGCUCGUCGACACCGUCUGCCCCGAAUGCUCGUGCCCGCAACCGAGCACGAACGAAGUCAAAACGAUGAGCUCGCGCUUGACGGUCGCGCUCAAAACGCGUUCCGCUACCACCAAGGGACGUGCGAUCCCGCACGCCAUUCAGCGCUGGCUGACCCACUCGACAACCUCUGCCGCGCCGUCGCAGGAGCCGCUGCGGUUGUAUCUACCCCAACAGCUCUGGACGGGCCGCGACAACAACGACGCGCGCCGAACAAGAUCGUCUCAGACACUGGGCGAGUUUUUACCGUGGGUAGCUGGCGGCUGCAUCGGCAACGCCGCCCUCGCCCGCGCAAAGUACGCAGCGUCGGCCCAACCCGUGUUUGAGGUGCCCGGCACCGAUUUGCCCGAGCCUGGCGUUCCGUUCGAGUUGCACGGCCGGGUCGUCACGCACCGUCACGUGGGCGACGACGACGAUCUCGAAGCCAUUGCGAGAUGCACGUCCCCGUUUCUCGUGACGGUCGUGGCCACUGCAGCGCCCAAGAGCAUGCUUGUCGAGUUUUUGGUGAGCAAAAGUCUCCGAUGUGUGCUCGAGGAUACGUCCGUGCGUGCGACGUGGCCAGCCGAUCCUACACUGAAGGUCAUGAUUCUCUACACCGUGGCCAACGCCCUCGUGGACCUCCACACGCACGGCAUCGUCCAUGGCCACCUCUCGAGCUACGACGUGAUUUGGAGCUCCACCGAGUUCGUUCAAGUCGACGUCCCCGGCAUCGUUGGCCUCGAUCAAGCGCGUCUGGCGUGGGUGGCCCCCGAGGUGCUUGCAGGCGACUCGCCACCGUCGUUUGCGUCCGACAUGUACGCCUUUGGCGUCCUCAUGACUGAGCUCGACACGUUUUCGCUGCCAUUUGAAGGCUACGGUUUGGACGAUCGAGUCGCUAUAACGACGGCUGUUGUCGACGGCGGUCUGCGUCCAACGCUAGGCGACGACUGCGAAGACUGGUACCGCACACUGGUCGACCGCUGCUUGCACAUGGACCCGAGUUUGCGCCCGACGGCGUCCGAUGUCGCCAACUUUUUGCAAGCGUUCGUCAACGAUACCGCGACGGAGUGAUCCAGAAAAGGCACGAGACCAAUGUAAUAGAUGCGAUGCGUAUCUUAUGCUUUGG